UUUGUGUCCUGCUCUUUCUCUGCAGACUCUUCCAGACGUGUUAGGCAGCCAUCAGGUCAGAGUUCAGGUGAAGGCGUGUGGACUCAACCCACUGGACCUCAAGUUGCUCGCUGACGUCGGCAUCCAGAGAGAUUUAAUUCCUGUCGGCAGAGACGUGGCCGGGGUCGUCCUGCAAGUGGGACCCAAGGUGUCGUUUUUCCAGCCUGAGGACGAAGUUGUCGGUGUGCUUCCCCUGGACUCUCCCUGCUCUGGACUCUGUGACGUCAUUGAUAUAGAUGAACACUAUUUAGUUCAGAAGCCAGAGAAGCUCAGCUCUGUGAGUGUUGCGUCAGCGCUGCGUGACGGCCUGUGUGCUUACACUGCUCUACACACACACGCUCACAUGGCAGCCGGACACACACUCCUGGUCGUGGAUGGAGCAAGUUCUUUUGGCCUGAUGUGCAUCCAGCUGGCCUGUUACCACGGAGUGAAGGUUCUGACGACGUCACAUUCGCCGCAAAAUCACACUUUCCUGGAGCAGCUUCGACCCAGCGUGGGUGUUCAGGAUCCUUUAGUAGCCAGAGUGAUUCCAGUCUAUAACGGCUCGUCAGACCUGCUGCCGCUGGUGUUGGAGGAGACGGGAGGACUGGGGGUGGACAUAGUGAUCGACUCAGGAGUUCAUCUGCUGGAGGAGGAGGAGUCAGAGGAGAUGCACCCGCACAAACAUGACAUCAUCAGUGCGCUGGCAGUGGGGGGGCACUGGGUCACGUCCCACCAAGACCUGCAGCUGGAUCCUCCAGACUGCAGAUUAAUGCAUCUAAAGUCAGCCUCUGUGUCGUUCCUCAACCCUGAAGUGUGGACGGCUUCCUCAGCUCAGCAAGGACGAUACCUCCAUAUUCUGAAGGACAUAGUGGAGAAGAUGGCAGCUGGAGUUCUCAGACCUCAGCCGGAGGAGGCGGUUCCUCUCUACGAAGCCACAGUCGCCAUGGAGACCGUCCAGCGUCAGCAGAAGAAAAAAGCUGUUGUUCAACUCUGCUGAGAUCUGAGGCAACAGUUCAAUGAAUGAACCAAGUGAACCGAUAUCAUGUGGAAGAAAGAGGAGAGAAACCUGUCGUCCCUUCAUCACUGUGACAUCACUGAGAAACAGAAACUCACAUGAAGGGGGGGGGGGUUCCUUCAAAUACACAUUCUUAUUCUAAUUCUCACAUCCAGCCUGUGAAUAUGUGACUAUGACCCAGAUCUCUGUGAUCACUGUCCGUCACCUUUUAUUUCUCUGAGAAUCCACAAACCUAUAAUUAACUCCAUCAUCACAAACUUUAAACGAGACGGACGCUCCCAGACAUUCCUCCGCCAGCGCUAACGCUCUAUCUCACUCUAUCUCGCUAUGUUAAAGAUUUACAACAUAACAAGAAUCGUAAUAAAUGUUGUGUGAUGUUACUUUACUUGAACAUUUGAACUCUUGAACAGUACUGUGCCAUUUCAUUAUAAAAUAAAAACAUGAUUAAAUUAAAAAA